ACAAACUGCAAACAAAAUCAAGAAAUGCAUACAUGCACAUCCACACACACACACAAAAUAUUGUCAUAGCAACCGUUACACAGAAAUCUGAGGUUGAUUCUUUGAUAUCAUUGGCUGAAAUGGAAAAGCGGUAGUGACGUCAGGCGACCAGUGACCGAGCCUGCGCCUGAAAAACCAUUCUUUUCUUCGGCGGUAGGUAAACCUUCGGGGUUCGAUCCCAGCCUCCCGUACCCACCGAGGGACCUGAAUUUUUUCUGUUUGUUUGAAUAAGGAACAAGUUGUCCUUUCUCUUCUUCUCUGUCGAUGUCCUGACACAGCCAGGAGGCAAUUUUCUAGAAUUCCCGAUGGUAUGGUGUUAAAGGAUAUUUUUACCCUAACCAUUUACCAAGCUUAAAGGAAAAUUUUACACAAAACAGACUUCACCUUGUUUAAAUAUGUUUUUGGUAGAAUUCCUGUGGAAUAUUUCGUCUGGCUGAGACUAUUUGCAAAAUUCCUCUACAUCUGUUCUAUAUUUUAGGGAGAAGGAAUUCUGUACCUUAUUUACAUUGGAUGGAUUUGUGUCGACAAUCAAGAUGAGUACAUAUAUCUGUCCAAUGUAAAUCAUUUCUCUACUUUGCUGUCUGGAAUAUGUUGGAUAUUUUAUUCUGAUUACACUUGGAAUUACAAAGGUAAAUUAUGGAAUGUGAAUCGUGUGAUGAUAAUGUUGAAUGUGGAUCGGAAUUUAAAAGGACUGGUUUUAGUGAUGAAAUGCCAAUUGACAUAUGUGAUGCAUCUGACCAAUGUGAUAUCUGUAAAAAGUCAUAUUCUCAGAAAGAUAUCCUUGCUUCUCACAGAUGUAUUCACACAGGAGAAAAGCCAUAUCAUUGUGAUAUCUGUGGUCAAUCAUUCUCUCAGAAAACUAACUUGACCACACACAAACGGAUUCAUUCUGGAGAGAAACCUUAUCGCUGUCACAUCUGUGGUCAAUCAUUCUCUCAAAAAGGUGCACUUGUGACACACAGACACACACAUACAGGAGAAAAACCAUAUCACUGUGAUAUCUGUGGAAAAUCAUUCACUCGAAAUAACUCCCUGACUGUACACAAGCUGAUUCAUACAGGGGAAAAACCACAUUAUUGCGAUAUCUGUGGGAAAUCCUUCUCAGAAACCGGUCCCUUGACUAAACACAAACGCACCCAUACGGGUGAGAAGCCGUAUCACUGUGACAUCUGUAGUAAAUCAUUCUCUGUUAACAGCCAUUUAAAUAGACACAAACGCAUUCAUACAGGUGAGAAGCCAUAUAGAUGUGAUACCUGUGGGAAAUCAUUCUCCGAAGCCGAUCCCUUGACUAAGCAUAUGCGAACUCAUACAGGUGAAAAACCGCAUCAUUGUGAUAUCUGUGGCAAAUCUUUCUCCCGAAACGAUUCUUUAACCACUCAUGGAUACAGUCAUACUGGAGAGAAACCGUAUCAGUGUGAUAUCUGUGGCAAAUCAUUCACUGAAACUUCACGCUUGACUAAGCAUGUACGAAUUCAUACAGGUGAGAAGCCAUACCACUGCGACAUCUGUGGGGAGUCAUUUUCGAGGAAUGAUUCCUUAACGGCUCACAAACACCUCCAUACGGGAGAAAAGCCGUAUCGGUGUAACAUUUGUGCUAAAUCCUUCUCUCGGAGCAAUUCCUUGGUUAAACACAGACACACUCACUCGGGAGAGAAACAAUAUCAGUGUGACAUCUGCGGAAAAUUGUUCUCCGUAAGUGGCAACUUAACGACGCACAAACGUAUUCAUACAGGAGAGAGACCAUAUCACUGUGACAUCUGCGGCAAAUCGUUCUCCGACGGAGGCACCUUGACCAGACACAAGCGUAUUCAUACAGGAGAGAAACCAUAUGAUUGCGAUGCCUGUGGAAAAUCUUUCUCCGAUGGAGGUACCUUAUCUAGGCACAAACGUAUUCAUACAGGAGAGAAGCCCCAUCAGUGUGAUAUCUGUGGUAAAUCAUUCUCUCAAAAAGCACAAUUGGCUGCACACAUAUCCAAUCAUACAGGAGAAUAACGAUAUCAGAAGUCAUUGGAUGAAACACUUUGUAUAACAAUGAAUAUCCAUGAAAGUUUUGACAUUUCAUUGUAUUGCUGUUGUUCUCAUCGAAGUCAACAAACUUUGGUCGGCUUCCAGAGAGUCGCGGCACUUUACUGGGUGGUAUGGAACUAAAGG